AUGGAUUCCACGUUCCCAUUUCUAGCCCUGCCCCGCGAGAUCCGCGACGCCGUCUACGACCAAUAUGUCACAGUGGACGGUGGUCUCGUGUUCAAUUUUGAGUCGGAGAAGCUCGAGACAAGCGACGACCAGCCGAUCGACCAGGCUUUCAUGCUGACGUGCAAGCAGGUGGCCGAGGAGAUGACUGGUCUUGCCUUCCAGAAGAACACCAUGCACUUCUACACUGCAUACUCGGACGAGAUGCGUGUCAAAGCAGCCCAGUUCCAUUUCCCCCGCUGUGGCUUUGUAGCGUGGCGCGGGACACCAUCCAACCCGUGGCGUACGGGCGCUUUGGAUCGUGUGGCUGUCGCACGGCCUGAACAGCAUGCGCGGGGGCUGAUCCCCUUCUGCCAGCAGUACCCCCAUCUUCGCAUCGAGCAGCGCCUCGACAUGUUGCGUAGUCUUUUUCCAACACCAAGUACUGGGGAUGAUGAGAGUCAUUUUUCGUUCGAGCGACACUUCAUGAAGAGAGGUGUCCCCUGCCAGCUGGCUUCUGUCGACGCCACAGAUCGCCUGGCUGAGUGGGCUUAUGCCCAUGUACCAAUCUUGUGA